GUCAAUAGUCCUAGAUAUUUAACGUUGAUCUGUGUCUAUAGUCCUAGAUAUUUAACGUUGAUCUGUGUCAAUAGUCCUAGAUAUUUUACGUUGAUCUGUGUCGAUAGUCCUAGAUAUUUAACGUUGAUCUGUGUCUAUAGUCCUAGAUAUUUAACGUUGAUCUGUGUCUAUAGUCCUAGAUAUUUAACGUUGAUCUGUGUCUAUAGUCCUAGAUAUUUUACGUUGAUCUGUGUCGAUAGUCCUAGAUAUUUAACGUUGAUCUGUGUCUAUAGUCCUAGAUAUUUAACGUUGAUCUGUGUCGAUAGUCCUAGAUAUUUAACGUUGAUCUGUGUCUAUAGUCCUAGAUAUUUAACGUUGAUCUGUGUCUAUAGUCCUAGAUAUUUAACGUUGAUCUGUGUCUAUAGUCCUAGAUAUUUAACGUUGAUCUGUGUCGAUAGUCCUAGAUAUUUAACGUUG